UGGCUUCAUCAUUUGCGUGCUUUUGGUUGUGUUCAUAGGAUGUAGGGUAAGGCCUUUUCAUAUUUAUUUCUCUUGAAUCUUUUUCCUUGCACUUGUGAUUUAGAUCUUCUGCCAACGCAGUGGUGGCGUUUGUUCUUUUGCAAGAAAAUAUCCCAAGAUUUGCUUAGACGAUGGAGCAUGUACAAUGUGGUUUUGCACAAUUUUCAAUGAAACAGUGACAAAUCUCAGGUUUCUUCUGAGCGCUUCAUGUAAAGUAGGGGUGCUCCGUCUUUUCUGUUAAACAUCAUCAGGGCAAAUAACUGCAGGUUUCAACUGAGUUCUAAAGUUAAAAACGCACUCCAGAGUAAUCAAGAAAAAAAAAGUUUUAUACCAACAGCCUUCCAGGAUCUGAAUAUAAAUUGCGGAAAGCAUAACUGUUCCUCCUGCGAAGAUGCUGUACUCCAACUUACGUCCUUCACUCCCUCACCUCUGGUCGCUGAGGCUUCUGGGCACCGCGGCCUCCAGGAGGACGGCGGUCAAGCAGMAGGAACUUCAGUCGGGGACACUGAGCUUUGAGGAUCCCAGCGCCUUCAGGGUGAAGAGUUGGGGUGAACUGAUUCGUACUCUUGGCAUCUUCCGUCUUUGCUCCUUCCCUGUGCUGGUGAACAACAGUGGGAAGCUGAUGUCAGUCGCACGAAAACUCCUGGGCAAGAGGGGCUUUUCUUUGCUGCUGAGGCCCACAGUUUACGCCCAGUUCGUUGCUGGAGAAAAUGAGGCCGAGAUCUCUGAGUCCAUGAGGAAGAUGAGCUUGCUUGGAUUGAGGCCGAUGCUGGCUGUGCCCAUCGAGGAGGACCUUGGGGAGAGCAGCGGGGAAAAACGAUACGACGACAACAUGGAGGCCAUGCUGGAGUGUGUGAGGAUGUCAAACAGCAACGCCUGGAGCAGAGACCCCAUGAUGCAGCUGAAGAUCACAGCCCUGCUCAGCCCAGAGCUGUGUGUGAAACUCACAACUCUCACUGAACAACAACCUUAUGAUCUGAGUCUCCUUGUCAAGGCCAUGGAUGGAGAAGUAAUAAGCUUCCCUGGUUUAGAGGAAAAAGAGAACGCCCAUUUCCUGUGUGGCUUGAGGAGACUCAACAAAAUAGCAGAGGCAAGUUUUGACAAAGUCAGAGUCCUGGUGGAUGCAGAGUACACCUACAUGAACCCCGCCCUCUCUCUCGUUACUAUGGCAAUGAUGAAGAAGUUCAACAAAGAUGGUGCCUGGAUUUGGAACACAUAUCAGUGUUAUCUAAAGGAGUCCAGGGUUCUCCUGUUAGACGCUCUGCAUCUAUCUGAGAGGGAAGGUUUCUGUCUGGGUGUUAAACUGGUGCGAGGAGCCUACAUGGACAAAGAGAGAAAGGUGGCAGAGAAGAAGGGCCAUGUGGACCCCAUUCAUAAGAGCUGGGAGGACACCAAUUACAGUUAUAACGGCUGUCUGGAUGUGAUGCUGGAGGUCAUAUCACAGAAACCUGAGCGUUACCGGAUCAUCGUGGCCACUCACAAUGAGGAGUCAGUGAGGAGAGCUGCCAACCGGAUGAAGGAGCUGGGCAUAGAUAAGGAUGGCGGCUCUGUGUGUUUUGGUCAGCUGUUGGGCAUGUGUGAUCAUGUCUCCCUCACACUGGCUAAAGAAAGUUUUAUUGUGUACAAAUCGGUGCCGUACGGCUCAGUGGAUGACACGCUCCCCUACUUGGUGCGUCGGGCUCAAGAGAACCGCACGGUGCUGCAGGGAAUCCGUAAAGAGCGGGAUCUGCUGAGGAAAGAGCUGAAACACAGACUGAAGCUGAAACUGAGGGGAGGGAGCUGAUCSAAGAUUUUAAGAGAGUGAGCUUGUGUUAAAUCCACUGAACAAUUUGACACUUUUUUAAAAGGUAAAAUGGAUAUUUUAAAAUGUGAUAGCUUUCAUCUAUGUUUUUGACUGCAAUACAAAGAGCCUGAAGAUUAAAUUAAAACUACUGGUUUGA